CGAGCCCCACUAGGUGGCGAUGGCGGCGGAGCCGGCACAACUCGGCGCUGGCAGCAGGCAGCAGCUCGGUAGACUUGCGCAUUGUUCAAGCGACAGCCAGUCAUAAAGCGGGUGCGUAGUGUGUGUGAUAGCUGUUCCCUGAAAGAUCGUUGCUUGUUGAACCAGCUGCCAGGCGACCUCGCCGCCAUGGCCGUGAAUGAUGCCGACAAGACUCAGGCCUCGGAAAUCGUGAACGAUUUCAUGCGGUAUCAGCUGAACCGGCGUGGCCACACAUGGAAUAACUGCCCGGCGUUACCUCGACCGUCCAAAGUGUGCCUCGUGUUGCGGACGCUUGGUGAUGAGUUCCUCACCAAGUACCGGGAUGAGUUCACUCAGAUGUGCGCCCGGCUGGAGCUAACGCCGUCGCUAGCGCAGGCUGCUUUUCUCGGCGUCCUCAACGAGCUUUUCAGCGAAGGAAUAACGUGGUCUCGCAUCGUAGGCGCCUUCGCCUUUUCCACGGAGUUAUCGUCGCACUGUGUCGAGAAGAACUGGGCCGACCUUGUGGACAGCAUAGCAUCUUGGCUGUCUUCGUACGUGUGUACACGCCUGCUGCCCUGGAUACAGGAUCAUCAAGGCUGGGAUGGCCUCAUUGCUUACAGCGAGGAUCGCGAAGGUCGGUCCACGGAGUCCCCCUGGCCCAUCCUAAAGAACGUUGUCUGUGGUGUCGCCGUCACGGCUCUGGGCGCCCUCACGCUCGGUGCCAUCCUGACGUCCAAGUCGUAGUGCCUGUGGACAAGCAAACAAGACUGUGAUGUGUGAAACGGGCAGCAACCAACUUUUUACCGUGCUUCGGACGUUACUAACUUUGCCCGUCGGGUGGACGAGUGAAUGACGUUGGCAUACUGUGGACACAGGACACUCGAACGUGCGUGUUUUACCGUCACCCAUUGUACCUGCUAUGGCCGCGACCUUUUCUGUUGUGUCUGUACGUUGUUCCCCCCCAAAAAAGAGACGCCGAUGUGUGGGAUCCGAGCGGCGUGACCUAUUGUAGGUACAAAUUUUUUAAUUUUUUUUUCCUCUUUCGACUAGUCCUCACAUAGUUUCCUUUUCUUUCGUAAGCGGAGCACUGGUAAGUGGUACUUCUGUUGGGUAAUACAGGUAAUGUUCGCCGCAGUGUUCCGUUUCUUUUUUUUUUUUUUCGCACACCUUUAGUUAUAGGUCGCCAUUUUAGGGUUUGUAGAAAGUUUGCGGAUUCUAUAACUGCUCGCUAUGGGGAAUCUCAUACUGUAUGUGUAAGGUAGAUGUUCCAGAUGUGAGUGUUAGUUUCUGGAAGCGCGGAGUAAGGCAUCUCGCUGGGCAGUGUCACUGCUGGACGCGAAGAGGCAGUCGUGAACAGCUGGUAUACAGAUGUUCUUUUGAACAGCACUAGCUAUUAGCUACUGUACUGUACUAGGGCUCAUUGUCUAGCUGCGUACCUCAGCGAGGACACUCUUGGUUGUGAUGCCUACUCAGUGAUUCUAGUUAGUGUCAUGCUGGCAUAAGAACGACAUGAUGACAGAAAUUCCUUUUAGCCACGUUUUAGGAUGUUUAAAUUUUCUUUUCUUUAAAAAAUUCUGGUGAAGAGGCUUUCACUGCUGUGACAUUUAUGUGACUGUCCCAUACGCGUGUGUCUGUGUAUACGUCUAGAGUUUGUAUAAAGAGAGGGCUGUCUAGGCCUGUAUUUAGGAUAGGUCUUUAUUUAUAACUUAUCUGGACUUGUUUUGGACGGUUCCCCCGACACUUAAAGAUAAGUAUAUAUGUAAAUCCACCCUGUCUUUGAAGUAGCUGAGCAUAUAAAUUGCUGCACUGCCACGUCGUUUCUUCGGCGUUCUCUCUCUCUUUCUCCCACUGUCUAAUGCUGACUCCCAAUGUACCAUAGCAUGUUUCGUUCAACGUUGCUCUUUUCCCUUUCCUAUUUUGAGUUCGUUUUUCUUUAAUUUACUGUUCCAGGAAGUUGGAAUGACGAGUUUAUGGGUAUAUGUAUAUAAUUGUAUUUUUCGAAAUAAAUACUGCAGAAAGACA